UCAACAACAGUUGGCAACCGCAUGCUAAGAGUUCAUUUUUCGACUCCUUGGCGAUGAGUAAACUAUCGCCUUUAAGUAAACAAUGUUACCCAGUAGAGAGCAUGGUGCCUGUGUAUUAACUGUUCUUCGAUAGAACUCAAAUAUUUAAAAUAAUCGUUGGUUUUGAGCUGUUUAAAUCCUGGUUCAUAUAAUUUUUAUUAAAAUGUGUAUAUAUCUCCUUGCCAAAAAUAAAUGCUUUUAGUAGGUGAUAUGUUUAGUUUUAUAAACAUCUUCAAUAUUUUGAAAUUAUGGGCUGUUCAGUUGGCAAACUUGACAGCCGAAAAUUCAACGAUCCCAAUUUAAUUGGAGCAAAGGACAUGAAGAUUCAGACUGUACUUCAACUCAAAGCUAUAAAGGACACCAAGUCUAUAAAAGACGGCAAAACAAUGCCAAAAAGUACUCGAAAUCGCAGGCAUAGACACGACUCUUGUCCUAGAAAAAAAGGCGACGUUUGUAAAAAAUCCCCUAGAAUAAGAACUGAGAAAGCUCCGAAACCAACUUAUGACUCUAAAAUUACUGCAAAAUAUGACAUAAAAGCUGUCAUAGGCAAAGGCAGUUUCAGCCGUGUCCUGCGAGUAGAACAUAGGCAAACAAAACAGCCUUAUGCCUUAAAAAUUAUUGAAGCUCCCGGUGGUCGAGAAGCAUUCGAAGCUGAAUUAUCCGUCCUCAGGCGUUUGAAUCAUUCGAAUGUCAUUAAAUUAAUAGAAGUGUUCGAAUCUGACCACAAGGUGUAUAUGGUGAUGGAGUUAGCGACUGGUGGCAGUCUAUUAGACCGCUUAGAAGCCAGAGGUUACCUAGCUGAAGAAGAUUCUCGUGAAGUUUUGAGGAUGGUUCUUAGUGGGGUUAAGUAUUUACAUGGUCUAGGGAUCACUCAUAGAGAUCUCAAACCUGAUAAUUUGUUGUAUUAUCAUCCCGGUAAAGAAUCUAAAAUCAUGAUUACGGAUUUUAGUUUCGCUAGUACGCGUAGGGCGACUGGAAAUCCCUACAUGCAUACUGUUUGUGGAACUCCUCAGUAUAUUGCACCAGAAAUUGUGGCACGGAAGCCGUACACAAGUGCUGUUGAUAUCUGGGCUGUGGGAGUCAUAACUUAUAUUGUACUUUGUGGUGUUUUUCCAUUUGAUGCAGAGCAUGAUGCGCAAAUAUUCAAACUGAUACUUCGAGGCCAGAUUGACAUGUCCUCCUCUAUUUGGUGUGAUAUCUCUGAAGAAUCGAAACUGUUUGUGCAUCAAUUAUUGCAGACAGAUCCCUCAAAUCGACUGAAUGCUGAGGCAGCAUUGCAACAUGAGUGGUUGAUGUCCAGUAAAUUGACCUACACCCCUUCACCCAAGAGUAAUCAUGGGGGACACAAGAGUGACCACCGCAGUCAGAGGUCUAGUAGAUCCGUGGGAUCUUCCAAAUCUGGUGGCUCGGUCCAUUCUCUUAGAGUUUCUGGUCACCGCCGAGUACAAGUUCACCUCCUAGAAGCCCUGUCAUCUGAUCCCGAGGUUGCUGCUAUGAUGUAACAAGAAAUGAAGAUAGUUCAGAACAAAUGUUCCUAUUUAAAUUAAAAGGCUUGUUUUUUUAUAUGCUGCAUGUAUUUAUUAACAUUUUCCAUUUCAUGAUGUAUUAUAAUAUUUGUAAGUAAUGAUUCUGUAUAACAGCGACUUGCCAUUAUUUUAUGUAAUAAAAAAUAAAAUAGAACUUUGUUAUUUUA